CAAACAGAUCAGCCAACCACCACGUUCUCCCACACUCACGCUGCCGGCCGAAAAUGGAGAACGGCUCCUCGCCGCUGCACGUUGUCAUCUUCCCGUGGCUCGCCUUCGGCCACCUUCUCCCCUUCCUCGACCUCGCCGAGCGCCUCGCCGCGCGAGGCCACCGCGUGUCCUUCGUCUCCACCCCGCGCAACCUCGCGCGCCUCCGGCCGGUUCGCCCCGCGCUGCGGGGGCUCGUCGACCUCGUCGCGCUGCCGCUGCCGCGCGUCGACGGUCUCCCCGAUGGCGCCGAGGCCACCAGCGACGUCCCGUUCGAGAAGUUCGAGCUUCACAGGAAGGCGUUCGACGGCCUCGCCGCGCCGUUCUCCGCAUUCCUCGACGCCGCAUGCGCCGGCGACAAGAGGCCCGAUUGGGUUAUCCCCGACUUCAUGCAUUACUGGGUCGCCGCCGCCGCUCAGAAACGCGGGGUUCCGUGCGCCGUGCUUAUCCCCUGCUCUGCAGACGUCAUGGCCCUGUAUGGCCAGCCAACAGAGACUAGCACGGAGCAGCCGGAGGCGAUAGCCCGGUCCAUGGCCGCGGAGGCGCCGAGCUUCGAGGCGGAGCGGAACACGGAGGAGUAUGGGACUGCAGGCGCAUCGGGGGUGUCCAUCAUGACCCGCUUCAGCCUGACGCUGAAGUGGUCCAAACUCGUCGCCUUGCGGAGCUGCCCUGAGCUGGAACCCGGCGUGUUCACGACCCUGACGAGGGUCUACUCCAAGCCGGUCGUCCCGUUCGGCUUGCUCCCGCCACGUCGCGACGGCGCCCACGGCGUCAGAAAGAACGGCGAGGACGACGGCGCAAUCAUACGGUGGCUCGACGAGCAGCCGGCCAAGUCGGUCGUCUACGUUGCGCUAGGAAGCGAGGCGCCAGUGAGCGCAGAUCUGCUGCGCGAGCUGGCUCACGGGCUGGAGCUCGCCGGGACGCGCUUCCUCUGGGCCCUGAGGAGACCCGCGGGCGUCAACGAUGGGGACAGCAUCCUACCAAACGGGUUCCUGGAGCGCACCGGCGAGCGCGGGCUGGUCACCACCGGGUGGGUUCCUCAGGUCAGCAUACUGGCGCACGCUGCGGUGUGCGCGUUCUUGACGCACUGCGGGUGGGGCUCCGUCGUCGAAGGGCUCCAGUUCGGGCACCCGCUGAUCAUGCUGCCAAUCAUCGGCGAUCAAGGCCCGAACGCGCGAUUUCUGGAGGGGAGAAAGGUUGGAGUGGCGGUGCCGAGGAACCACGCGGACGGGUCAUUCGAUCGAAGCGGCGUCGCCGGAGCUGUCCGCGCCGUCGCCGUGGAGGAGGAGGGGAAGGCGUUCGCUGCCAACGCCCGUAAGCUGCAGGAGAUCGUGGCGGACAGGGAACGCGACGAGAGAUGCACCGACGGAUUUAUCCACCAUUUGACGUCUUGGAAUGAGCUAGAAGCAUAAUUCAAGCGACGCCCGUGAAUCUUGGGAUUGACCGAUUGCGAUCCGAGUUUGUAUCUUUCUGUUUUUGUCUGUCCUGUGCUGCUACUACAUUGUAUCCUUUCUGCUUUUAAAAGCAGGGCUCCUGUGGGAGCCUUUUGUCCAAAAAAAAAAAAACAUUUAUCGGUCGGCUUUCUUGUAAAAACCGGGUAAUGCAGGUUGAAAGCGAACACUACAGCAUGCUUUGAGUUUUGGAUUU